GCAUUCUAAAUCGGUGAAUUACAGGUAAAAUGUCCAUUGGUAGUGCACCUGAUUCUUCUGGUGAUGCAUCAGGCGGAGGGAGCGAAACGCUCACUAAAGCUGAGACGGAAGUUUACGAUCGACAAAUCCGUCUUUGGGGCAUGGAAGCGCAGAACAAACUACGAGCUGCCAACGUUCUUCUUUGUGGGUUAUCCGGUGUAGGCGCAGAAAUUUCCAAGAAUCUCAUACUUUGCGGUAUACAUUCAUUGACCUUGGCAGACGAGAAGAAUGUAGUCCAAGAUGAUCUCGAAUCAAAUUUUCUGCUCGAAAAUGACUCUGUGGGCCAGAACCGAGCAAGAGCAUCUUCGCACAAAGCGCAAGCCCUCAAUCCGAUGGUUAAGCUUGAGAUUUUGGAGACAAGUGUCAGUAACAUGACCAUUGAUUUUGUUUCCAAGUUCACUCUUGUGGUUCUUUGUGACCAGAAGUAUCCCGAUGUAGUGUUUUGGAAUGGCAAAUGUCACGAACGUAAUGUCGGUUUCAUCGCAUGCAGCGUCUUCGGUUGGAUGGGCUAUUCAUUCUUCGAUUUCAACAAUCAUUUCUUCUCAAGUGCCCCAGUGACAAAGAAGGAUGCCGUAUGUGAUGGCGACGGUGCUGCCAGUUCUAGUUUCCUGAAUGCCAUCGAUGUUGAUGCCGAGAAUGUAAUCGAGAGAAAGAAGUUCUCAUAUCCAACGAUAGAGGAGGCUUUCAAUGUUGACUGGUCGAAAAAGCAGUAUGUGCGAAAAAGUCGAAGACUCAUACCAUGUAGCUAUUUUCCUCUCAAAGCAAUGCUGCGCGCUCAAAAAGAGGAAAAGCUUGGAGACGACGAGGAGACAAAUGUGAAAGUGCUCGGAGAACUUUGGACGGAAGAGGUGUUAAAGGCCAACCAUGAAUUAGAGAAUCAAACUGUGCAAGCUGACACUUUUGAAUACUUCUUCGGACCUCAGUUAUCUCCGGUGUGUGCAAUAGUGGGAGGAUUGGCUGGUCAAGAAGCGAUUAAGGCCAUGUCAGAGAAUGAACGACCCCUACAGAACAUCUUUAUUUAUUCGGCUCUCGAUUCUUCUGGUACUAUGUGUAACUUCCCACCUCCGUGAGCAUGACUCUCUAGAGAACUCCGUUGUUUUGUUGUUUUUAAUUGUUCUGGGAUCUCCUCAUUUCCUCCUCAAUUGUCACUGCUUAUCAAGGUUUUCAGCAUUUUUACCUUUAUUUUUGUACUGAACAAAGAUACCGGUUAUUCCUUUAUCAACACCAUGAUUGUUCAUGCUUACAUUUUACUCUCCUCCACAACCUUAGCAGAUGGUCCUCCUUGGUGAGUGGCUGUAAAAUCUAGAUUACUACUCAAAUUUUGCAU